AUGCCUCUGCAAAGCGCCGCCAACCUUCUCCAGAGCUUCUGCGGGGAGACUGAGGGUAGACUUCCCUCAGUCAAUCCCCACUCCCGAGAACAAGCCCAGCUUCCGAAGCCCGCACGCCGAGUAUCUGGUACUUUCGGGGUGGACUUUGAGAUGGACCUCGUACCCUCGGAUCAAGAGGUGGGUACCGCCACCGAGCUGGGGCCAAAAAGGAGCGAGUGCCGAGUUUCCGAGAGAGUCCAAUAUGAUGCGGGGGUAUCGAAGACCGCGAAGGAGGGGGCAGAACAUGGCGCCACUCUGGCUGUGUUUGGCAACGCAGAGGCAGACGUCUUGGCACGAGCCGUCGACGUCGACGCAACCGGUCCGGGAGGGGGUGGAGGGGUUUUAUGGCGGCGAGUCUGCGCUUUCCGAUUGCCUUCCGCCGGACGGGAAAGACGAUCAUCAUCCUGGUCCCCCGCGGGGACGCUGAUGAUCCGACCGACCGAGGAAUGUGAGGAUGUGGGCGUAGAUUUCGACGGGGAUGUGAGGGAAGGGUUGGGUGGCGGAGGGGGAGUCGGCGCCAAAAAAGAAGGAAGGUCAGAAACCAUUCCUGAGACGUCUUCCGCCGUCAAAGCGCGCGAUUUCCUUUCUCCAUCGCCCAUCACCACUCCAGAAGCCAUCAUGAGCGAGUACAUCGACGCCAAGGGUGUGCUCUACAAGGUCCACUCGGAGUUCAAUGGCGUCUACAUCGCUUUGUUGGAUGAGGAAGGAACGACUGCGUGUCUAGUUGAAAAGCGGAUUCUGAUGGAGGCGAGUCUCAUGUUCAAAGACAUGCUUAGCGGCAAUCCGGAGGGCGCGAAAGAGAUCCACCUCCCAGAUGCUUGCCGCUGGAUCGUCCAGUUCGCCUCCGCGCUGCACCCGGAUCGGACUUUCGAGAAGGCCCUCGAUAUGGUCAGCCUUACGGAGGUCGUCAAUGCGCUCAUCCGGUACGACUGCAUCGGCCCGGCUCAGCGUUUACUGUUCGAGGGUACCAAAGACCUUCGCGCGGAGUAUUUGUACAACGCCCUCGUACUCGCCUCCCGCCUGGACCAUCUCCAGUGCGCCGACGGCAUCAUCGCCCAGGGCUACAAGUGGUACGCACAAGACCCUCGGCCAGAUGCUUUGUCUCUCUGUCCCGAUAGCGGACAACGGCAGUGGAGAUCGGUCGAUGCCGCCCGUCUGCAGCCGGACUGGGUUUGGGCCUUGACCAAGGCAUCGGCCCAAUGUACGCCGAGGGACGGUCGAGAUCUUCGGUCGGAAUCGUACUGGCGACGGGUAGCGGGGGAGUUUGUUGCCAACAUGACGCAAUGA